AUGGUUCCACUUUUUAUACAUAACAAAAAUGGCAGAAUCUUCACACACUAAAAGCAGUCUUAGGUUAGCAAGCAAAAUAGCCAUUGUCACCGGAGGUGCCAGUGGCAUCGGCAAAGAGACGGCGCAUGUCUUUGCCGAACAAGGUGCACGUAUGGUAGUAAUCGCCGACAUCCAAGAUGAGUUGGGCAAUGAAGUGGCUGCAUCUAUUGGCAGCCACAGGUGCACCUAUGUUCAUUGUGAUGUAACGAACGAAGAUCAAGUCAAAAAUCUCGUUCAAUCAACAGUCAAUACUUAUGGACAAGUAGAUAUCAUGUUUAGCAAUGCUGGGAUUGCAAGUCCAUCUGAUCAAACUGUGUUGGAAUUUGAUAUUUCUCAAGCUGAUCAUUUGUUCUCAGUUAACGUUCGAGGAAUGGCAUUGUGCGUGAAACAUGCGGCACGUGCGAUGGUGGACGGGUGCGUGAGGGGUAGCAUUGUGUGCACUGCUAGCGUUGCCGGUAGCAACGGUAGCAUGAAGUUAACAGAUUACGUAAUGUCGAAGCACGCAAUAAUAGGGUUGAUGCGUUCGGCUAGUAAGCAACUUGCAAAGCAUGGAAUAAGGGUGAAUUGUGUCUCACCAAAUGGAUUAGCAACACCAUUGACUAUGAAAUUGCUAGAUGCGGGUGAAGAGACAGUUGAUUUGAUUUUUGGAGAAUACAAGAGGUUGGAAGGAGUGGUUCUCAACACUAAACAUGUGGCAGAUGCUGUUUUGUUCUUGGUAUCCAAUGAAUCUGACUUUGUAACUGGUCUUGAUCUUCGUGUGGAUGGUAGCUAUCUUGAUGGCAAAUCUGAACUAGUAUUUUAAUUAAGAGUAUUAAAAAGAGAGUAUCCCUAACAUUUCUCUUUAAUUAAAAUUUAUAUUUCUUUAAUAAAUAAUUUAUUGCUGCUGAUUUUAUUUGAAGGGUGAAAAAUUCCUAACACUUCUUAGAGGUGUAAGUAGUGAGGUACAUGAAAUAAAUGUAAUAAAUAAAUGGAAUCGGUGCUUUCCAUGGAGAGUCAUGUUUAAUUAUUUUAAAUAUAA